AUGGGGAGGAAAAAUAUGAAUAAGGAGAAAAAUGAGGAAGUUGAAACUGAAGAAUCAGACAAUCAGAAUGAGGAAGCUAAAGAUGGAGAUGUAGAUGAUGGGAAUGAUGAAGAAUCGAAAGAAAUGAAAGAUGAAAAAUUAGAGAAAGAAGAAGAUGAAGAGUCAGAGGAAGGAAGUGAUAAGAAUGAAGUGGGUGAUAGUGAAGAGAAAACUUUGAAAGUAGACCGAAGCAAGUUAGACAAAAAUGAAGUAAAGGAUUGUGAAGAACAAAAGAAAAAGAUAAAACUUCAGGAGCAAAAUGAAGAAGCUGAAACUGAAGAAUUAGACAAUCAGAAUGAGGAAGCUAAAGAUGGAGAUGCAUAUGAUGGGAAUGGUGAAGAAUCAAAAGAAAUGAAAGAUGAAAAAUUAGAGAAAGAAGAAGAUGUAAAGUCAGAGGAAGGAAGUGAUAAGAAUUAA